UCUAAACUGGAAAUUGCCUCAAAACAUUUUGCGAUCUUCAACUGGAGCUCGGUUUUAAUGGGAGACAAUAACAGCGAUACACCAUCGGCGGCCAAAAUCGCCGCUCAGGAAGAUGCACUACUCAAGCAAUUCUUCGCUGAAGUUAGUGAAGUUGAACGCAAUAACGAAGUUAACAGGAUCCUUUCAUGCUUCAAGUUGAAUCCGUUUGACUAUCUUAACUUGCGCUUUGAUUCAUCCAUAGAUGAAGUCAAAAAGCAGUAUCGCAAGUUAUCUUUGCUUGUUCAUCCUGACAAGUGCAAGCAUCCACAAGCGAAGGAGGCAUUUGGCGCAUUAGCAAAAGCCCAGCAGUUAUUACUCAACCCGCAGGAGAGGGAUUAUAUUCUGAACCAGGCUAAUGCAGCAAAAGAAGAGCUGAGAGCAAAGCGGAAGAAGGAGCUUAAGAAAGAUACUGCUAGUAAACUGAAAUCAAUGGUUACUGAGGGAAAAUUUGACGAAGAGUAUGAGCAAUCAGAAGAAUUCCAGCAUCAGCUGAAGUUGAAGGUUAAAGAAAUAUUGACGGACCAAGAAUGGAGGAGGAGAAAAAUGGCAAUGAGGAUAUCAGAAGAGGAAGGUCGCUUGAAGAAAGAUGAGGAAGAAACAAAAGAGAUGUGGAAAAGAAAGCGAGAGCAUGAGGAGCAGUGGGAAGGAACUAGAGAAAAGAGGGUGUCCAGUUGGAGAGACUUCAUGAAGGGAGGAAAGAAGGUGAAGAAAGGAGAAAUCCGGCCUCCAAAGUUGAAAACAGAAGACCCCAAUAAAUCUUACGUUCAAAGACCUGUGAAACGAGGUUAAACACAUGUACUCAAUUAGUUCUGGUACAACGAUAUUUACAGCUUGAACUUAAGCUAUCGUGGAGUAUAAGCUUCACACUUGUAUCAAUUUGUAUCUGUAGCAAACUUAAUCAUUCUGCAACAAAAUUUAUGUUGCACCCUAUUUAGAUGUAUAUUAAGUUAGACAUGGACAGAGAAGGCGAGCCCUCGUUAUUCUUUUCUGCAACAUAUUGGCUCCAUGGAUGUUGCAUUUGACAUAAAUUUCUGUCUAUGGG